ACACGUGUUUUUAUGAUUAACCUGAAAUAAACAAAUAUCACGAACGUUUACAAUUGCAUUUACUUAUUAUUUUAAGGCCGAAAUAUUUAUUAAACAUGGGAAAGAAUCAUCGCCAUAAGAAAAUGCUGAAGACUGAGAAGGCAAAAAUUAAACUAAAAGUGAAAUCCGAAAAAACCAAGUUCCUUCCCAAAGGCCUGAAUGAAACCAAAACAGACUUCAAAAUUAAACCAAUCAUUCUUCCAGAACAACUCAAACAAAAAGAUACCCAAGAACUUCUUAGCAAAAGGAAAUUGAAUGUCAAGGACAUUCUAUCAAGGCUGAGACAUCAUAAUGUAACUGUGAGACAUGAUUGUUUGAAUGACUUAAAACAAAUAAUAAAUAGCCAUAUUGAAGAACUCGCCAGUCAACACUUAGCACAAGUUUUGCAAGGGCUGCCACCACUGUUACUUGAUGCUAACAAAACUGUUAGGCAAACUGUGAUGAGCAGUUUACAAAUAAUUCAACAGGUGCCAGGGGCAAAAAUUAAACCAUUUUUUCCAAUACUAUCUUCUUACUUAAGAUGCUCAAUGACAAAUCUGAAUCGUGGCAUUCAGGAGGAUUCACUUGGAUUCUUGGCUAUAUUACUGCAGAGUGUACCUGAAAUGGUUGCUGAAGAGAGUCACAAAGUAUUACCAAAUUUGUUUGCCCUGAUUUCCAGGUUUAAAGUGGAAACUAAAUCUGUGAGAACAUUAUCCAUGAAUUUGAACACAAAAUUAACUAGUGUAAAAUGGCAUAUUCAAGUUCUAAGUGGGAUGUAUGGAUUUCUUAAAGCUAUUAAUGCAGAUGCAAAUGAAUGUUUGAAAACAAAUAGCUUAAUACAAAUAUCAGCAAAUCAAAAGGCGGCCAGAUACGUCCCUCUUAUGCACAAUAGUUAUUUAAACAGCAAAAUUACAUACAAUAAUGAGUCAUUACAUUCGGAAUCAAAAUAUGAUGUGGUCGAGAAAAAUCUCAGCACUUUGAUUCGUUUAUUAUAUGAGAUAUGGAUGGAAGUAGCUCCUGAGAAAGAUGUACGUGCGUUUAGCGACUUUACUUUAUUACACAAUGAUGCCGCUGCAAUCUUAAGCUGUAUAUUGAAUGUUAAGCAUUUACUUCUACAAAGAUUAGUUCUUCAAAAUGAAGCUCAGGAUUUAACUGUUUUGUAUGAUACAUUUUUUACAAACGAGUGUAAACAAUUUCUUGCAAGUGUGAUUGCAUUGUUUCCGUUUACUAAAUCGCCUGAUCGACCGAAAUCCGAGAGUUCCGGCGUAAAUAAACUUUUGACGCAAUACCUCAGUACUGAUACAAAGUUUGUGCGUGAGAACUUACUGAUUUGUUACUUGUUCUGCAAUUUGAAUAAACGUUUAGUGCGCAGCAAACAAAUAUGCGAUGCGCAACGCAUUUUAACUUAUCUCGAACAUUGUUUAACAACCAGAGGAAAUAUAAAUAAUGCGAAUAUGGAUUGUCUUUUGAUUGUACUUCGCAACAUUUUGUUUAACAACCUGGAGUGGCAUCGUAAAGUCGACGUUGAAACGAUAUUGAUUCGGUUUGUGAACUUUUAUGACACAAUAUACAAUCAGGACGCCGCUUCUGCCAAUGCAAAGCAAAAUAAUAACAGUGUUCUUGAUCUGUUAUGUGAAAUUUCGCAGCUGCCUCAUUUAAACAAAAAUGCUGUAUACCAAAAAUGGUUGGGGAAUAUAUCUGCAUCUCUAGGUGGUACUGAAGUUAGUGAAAAUGUAGUUGAUGCACUACUUCUAGUUGGCAAACAAAAUAAUGUUGAAUUUUUGGAGGGAUUAAGAGAGAAUAUGGCACAAAUUUUAGGUAACUACAAGCAUAUUAAAGUUUCCAGCAAUUAUGAGAAUCACAAUCCUGAGUUUGCAAAGAUAAAAAUUCUGUGUUUAUUUUAUUACUUACCGAAUUUGCAACCACACGAAUUGUCAGCAUUGGAAAAGUUGCAUUCGGAAUGCGGUGAAGAAGGUAGUCAAGAAAAAUCAAUUCUCCGUUAUUUACUCCAAAAUGCGAAUGAAAUGUAAGGUAAUGUAAUUUUUGUUGGAAGAAAUAGACGAUUCAAUGUAAAAAUGUAUUCAGCCGAAAUCUUUGUGCCUUUGGUUUAUAAAAUGAUAACAAUAAAUUACGUGUAACAUUCA